CAUAUUUACGGAAAAUUAACUCUAAAUUAUUCUAUGUAUUUAAUCUCUGUUGAGUAAUCGCUACUCGAAAGGAAUAUUGAUAUAACUCAGUGUAAGCAUCUAUAACUUAUAUAUACCUAUAUACGAAAUGCAACAGUGGACAUGAAAACAGCAGAAGCGAAAAUAAAAAUUAGUCUUCAGUGUGACUCCCUCGUUAACUGACGCGUGAAAUGGAGUCGCUGAAUUUAGCACUUUGGACCCUAAUUGUUGGGGCACUUUGCCUUCUAUUCUUCUUUCUCCACUACAAAGCACAUUUUUGGGAGAGAAAAAAUACUCCUCAUCUCAGACCCAUUCUAAUAUUCGGAAAUACGGUUUCAUUCUUCUUUCAAACAGUACCAAUAACAAAGUUUGUCAAUGACAUUUACAAUAGUUUCCCCAAUGCAAAAUAUUUCGGAAUGAUGGACAUUCACACCCCAAUAGCAGUUCUACGUGAUCCCGAUUUAAUCAAAGAAAUAUGUGUGAAAAAUUUCGACAAUUUCCUCGAUCAUCAGGCAUUCAUUGACGAAACAAUGGAUCCUAUUUUUGGGAAAAAUGUCUUCUCCCUAAAAGGUGAACGUUGGCGUGAAGUAAGAAAUACCCUGAGUCCAUCAUUUACAGCAACAAAAAUGAAAUUUAUGUUUGAAUUAAUUGAAAAGUGUGCGAAAAAUUUUGUACAAUAUUAUAUGGAGCAUCCGGAAAUGACGGAAUCAAUUGAAUCCAAGGACGCAUUUACGCGCUAUACGAAUGACGUAAUAGCAACUGCUGCAUUUGGUAUAAGCGUCGAUUCAUUAAAGGACAGAGAGAAUGAAUUUUAUUUAAUGGGUAAAGAUGCGACAGCAUUUGGAAAAGGAUUACGUGCACUGAAAUUUCUCAUUUUUCGCACAUGUCCACAAAUAAUGAAAUUAAUCGGUGAACCAUUCCUGGCACGUUCAACUGAUCGUUUCUUUAAGAAUCUCGUUUCUGAAACGGUGAAAGUACGAAAGGAGAAGAAUAUCAUUCGACCCGAUAUGAUUCACUUAAUGAUGGAGGCAAGUAACAAGGAAAAUGGUGUUAAAUUAACAAUCGACGAUAUUAUUGCUCAGAGUUUUAUUUUCUUCCUGGCUGGUUUUGAUACAACAGCAACGGCAAUGUGUUUUGUUGCUCAUGAAUUGGCCAUGAAUCCAGAAAUACAAGAUAAAUUGCGCAACGAAAUUGACACAUUCACAGAGAAUAGAGAGGAAAAAAUAACCUACGAAACAAUUUCAAAAAUGAAAUAUCUCGAUAUGGUGAUUUCGGAAGCAUUACGAAAAUAUCCACCAGCACCAUCGACAGACAGAUUAUGCAUUAAAAAAUACACUUUACCGAAAGCAACACCAGAUAGUGAAGAAUAUACAGCACUACCAAAAUCAGUUGUUUGGAUUCCUAUCCAAGGAUUACAUCACGAUCCAAAAUAUUAUCCAGAUCCAGAGAAAUUUGAUCCUGAGAGAUUCAACGAUGAGAACAAGGACAAAAUUCAUCCCUAUGCUUAUUUACCGUUUGGAAUUGGACCACGAAAAUGUAUUGCCAAUCGAUUUGCCCUAAUGGAAACAAAAAUUCUCAUUGUUUAUAUUUUGCAAAAAUUCAUUUUGGAAAAAAGUGUUAAAACAAAGCAUCCAAUAGAAUUUCAAAAGGGCUUUGCUAUUGUCGCUAAAGGUGGUUUAUGGGUGAAAUUUACAAAAAGAGACAAUUAACAACAAAAAAACUAUACUGACAUUUUUUUAUACUAUUCUAAUUACUUUUCUCAAUAAUAAAAUUUAACAUUGAGGUGUCAAAGUGUCUGUCAUUGAAAUUCAAAUUUCCUUAAAACUAUAUAUUUUUUGCAUGAAUCGUAGAAAUCUUGAUUAAACUGAGAAAAAAAUGUAUUUUCAUUUGAAAGGAAUGAUUAUGCUAAUAAAGAAAAAAAGUGAAAUCAUUUAAAAACAAGAAUGACCGAUAAAACUUUCGCACAGACUACUUAUGUUAAAUCGUUGACCAUAAUCAGAAAGAUUAACGCGUCAUUUAAAAGCAAUAAACAUGUUUUAAUUAAUUACAGUGUGUAAAAAAAUCCUGUCAAGUUUAUCAUUUUUUAUUAAAAAAAAUUAUAUAUAAGCAA